AUACUUGAUCCUUCAUACCCCACAAUAUCUCUUCUGCUUUUUCUCUCUCCCGUCAUUCCACCAUGUUUUCCUCAAAUCCUUCAUCAACUAGUGCCUUUGGAUCACCAUUGUCAUUCGGACAAACUACCAAUUCGAAUGUUCCAUCUGCGAUUCCAUUUGGAUCGAUGCAAGGAACUCCAUCAUCUCCUGUUAUAUGGGGUUCUUCAUCAGCCUCUAUGGGUUCAUCUGCCAAUGGCUUUGGAUCCCCAGUUGGAUUUGGACAAAGUAUUAAUCCGAAUGUGUCAUCUACUGGUUCAUCUGGAUCCCAAUACACAUUUGGCCGAAGUAGCAAUAUUUUUGGGACUGCUCCAAGUAAUGGUGGAAUAUUAGCAGGCGUAUCUGGAGGUAGCUCAUCUGGCCAAAGUAGCAAUCUAUUUGGGUCUGCUCCGUAUAAUGGUGGAACAUCAACGGGCGUAUUUGGAGGCAGUGUAUUUGACCAAAGUGGCAAUCUUUUUGGGUCGAAUAAUGGUGGAACAUCAACCGGCCUUUUUGGGCAAACAGCGUCUAGCAGCAGUUCAUUUGGCCAAAGUAGCAAAUUUUUUGGGUCUGUUCCUAAUAAUGGUGGAACAUCAACGGCUGUAUUUGGUCUAACAGCAUCCAGCAGUCCAUUUGGGCAAAAAAACAAUAUUUUUGGUUCUGCUCCGAAUAACGGUGGAUCAUCAACGAGUGUAUUUGGUCAAACAGCAUCUAGCAGUUCAUUUGGGCAAAGAAGCAAUAUUUUUGGGUCUGUUCCUGAUAAUGGAGGAACAUCAACGGGUGUAUUAGGGCAAACAGCGCCUAGCAGUUCAAUUGGCCAAAGAAGCAAUAUUUUUGGGUCUGUUAUUAACAAUGGUGGAACAUCAACGGGCUUGUUUGCGACAACCCCGUCUAGUAGUCCAUUUGGAUUUCAUCUCACAUUCGGUUCUAUCCCGGCUAGUGUUUCUUCUGCAUCAAGAGCAACUUCAUCAUCUCCUAUUUUAUGGAGUUCAUCAACAGGAUCUACCACAUCUUCUCAGGUUCCUGCCUCUAUUGCAUCAAGUUCAUCACGGUUUGGUUCUGGUUGCAUGACAUCUUCUGGGCAAACAACUGUGCCAUGGGAUACAAGCCUCUCAUCUGGAACUUAUACGUUUUCUUUUGGAACACAGAGCUCCCUCUCUGGUGAGCCUUUAUCGAAUUCUUCUCAAUCGGAGGACCAAGUCAGAGCACCCAUUAUUGGGCCUCUAAAGACUGAUAACUCAAGUUUUUGGGAGAAACGAGGAAGUAGAGUAACAUCUUAUUCUAAAACUACUAUAAAGGAUGAUAAAGGUGCACAAAAAUUGGUGUCCAUCUGUGCCAUGCCUGCUUAUCAAAAUAAAAGCUACGACGAAUUGAGGUGGGAAGACCAUCAUCUCAAUGCUGAAGGUGGUGGUGCUUUUCCUGCGGUAAUACAGUCAAAUGAUUUGAGAAAUCCUAUUGCUAGAAAGGAUAGCACAUUUCUGAGUCCUAUACCUCCUGCCCCAUUUAAUCCAUUUUCCAAAACAUCAAACUCAUUUUUUAAUCCUCCAACUCCUCCAGUCCCAUUCAGUCCAUUUGAUACAAGAUUCAAGUCCCCUUCAAUUGCACAUAACUCAUUUCUGAAUCCUGCACCUUCAUCAGUCCCGUCCAAUUCAUUUGAGACGACGCUCAAGCCCCCUCCAAUCGUACAGACCUCAUUUCUGAGUCCUGCAACUCCUUCAGUCCCGUCCAAUCCAUUGGACACAGCAGUGAAGCCCCCUUCAACAGUACUGAACUCAUUUCUGAAUCCUGCACCUCCUUCAGUCCCGUCCAGUCCAUUUGACAGUCACACAACACUGAAGCCCCCUCCAAUCAUACAGAACUCAUUUCUGAAUCCAGCACCUCCUUCAGUCCCAUCCAAUCCAUUUGACACACCACUAAAUCCCCCUUCAAUCGUACCGAAUUCAUUUCUGAAUCCUGCACCUCCUUCAGUCUCAUCCAGUUCAUUUGACACAACACUGACGCCUCCUACAAUCGGACAGUACUCAUUUCUGAAUCAUGUACCUCCUUCGGUCCCGUCUAAUCCAUGGUUCACAACAGUGACAACCACUUCCUAUGUAGCUCCCUUUAGCCCACUGAUCAGUCCCAAUCCAUCUUAUAAUGGCUCAUGUAGUGCACCCACCAUUUCAGUAACUCAGCCUGUCUCCAUAUCUGAACCUAAUAAAUCCUCAUUUAUAUCCAGUCUACCCACCCCAACUUCACCUCAAUAUCCCUCAGCUAGCAGUUCAUCAGCAGCUUCUAUGUUAACUGAAGGGACUAGGACUGCACCACCUUUAAGAUAUGGAAUUUCUUGUAUGCCUGUCUGUGACAAGCCUGCUCCUGCAAGAAGUCCAUCUUUGCUGAGUAUUAGACACUUAACAUAUCACAGAAAAAGAUCGCUGCCAAUACAAAAAUACAAACCUAGAAGUGAUGGUCCAAAGGUGGCAUUUUUUGAUGACGCUCAGGAGACUCCUACCUCUGCCAGAAAGGAGGCUCCACUUCUGCCGAGGAGUAAUCCAAAAGUUUUUAUUUCUGGUCUCUAUGAAGAUAUGAAGCUAAGGGUCAACUUCAAUAACACAUCCUUUGGAAAUAAUUCAUCCUCUGAUACUUAUAAGAAUGGUGAAGUGGAGUCGUCUACGCCUGCGCCUGAUCAGGAUGGUUCCGUAAAUCAAGAUAAAGAUGGAAUUUCUAGCGAGACAGAUGCUGCUGAAAAUAUCCAUAACAUUAAUUCUGUUCAUGGCAAUCAUCCAAUCAGAAAGAAAAUUUCUUCAAAUCUUAAUGGGCUGAUGCCGAAGCUCAAGAACAGUGACUACUACUUUGAGCCACGAGUGGAGGAAUUGGCAACUAAAGAAAGCUAUGAACCAGGGUUCAUUAGCCAUGUGAAGGGCUUUGUUGUUGGACGUCAGGGUUAUGGAAGCAUUAAGUUCUUAGAAGAGACAGACGUGAGGGAGCUUGAUCUAGAAUCUUACAUUGAGUUCAGAAAUCGCGAGGUAAUUGUUUAUAUGGACGAAGGCAAGAAACCACCAGUUGGGCAAGGCUUAAACAAAGCAGCAGAGAUAACUCUAUGCAACAUAAAGGUUGUUGAUAGGAAAACUGGGAAACAAUACGUAAAUGGUCCAAACGUUGACAAGUUCAAAGAGAAGCUGAUGCAGAAGACAGCUCAACAAGGUGCAGAGUUUGUGUCAUAUAAUCCUGUGCAGGGGGAGUGGAAAUUCAGAGUUCCGCACUUCUAGCUUUUAACAAGCCAUUAUUGGAUUUGCUUUUGUAAUAGUUGGGCAUAUGCUUUUAGUUUGUCAGAUAAUUAUAGUUGAAGAAUUGUGCUUGUUUUUUAUUUGUUUAGGCAAAUCAUAUGAAUAUACUAUUGACAGGCUUUUGUAAUUUGAGCUUCUGCUCCAUCGACUUUUUUAUAAAAUGAUCCUGCUUAUAUUUACCUAGAA